CCGUUUAUAACAGGAUUGAUUUUUCUCCCUUCGAUUGGAUAUCACACUUCGUUGUGAUAUUUACGGCACGAGCAGAAACCGAUGAGAAAUGAUACAGAUGAAACAAGAGGAAUACAGAUUAGCAUUCCUGAGCAAACGGGUGCCAGUGAGAAUCCUGAAUCCAAUAUCCAGUUCCACGUUUUGCUGCCAACUAGCGGAGCGGCAGAAGAUGCCGAGAUCGCUGCAGAGGAGCUCUAAACGCACAGCUUAACACCAGCGCUGGGGAGAUCGGCUCCUCUCCACUCCUCUGCUCUUGGGGAGGCGACGGGAAAAGAGAGAAAGGAGAGAGGGGGGAUCGGAAAAACGGGCAAAGGCAGAGAAUAGCUGCUUUUUCCCCGGGCUGGUUGGAUCGGGAUUAUCAGCCUGUGUGUGUGAUUUCUCUCUCUUAUUACUGUCAUCUGGGUUGCUGGGAUGGAGAAUCAUAUGUGAUGUCUCCUGUACAGAGACCAGCAGUAUUCCCCCUGGUCGCCAUCCCGAGAUUUCAAUGAGGAUAGUAGCCUCGCUCCACCCAGGAACAUGAAGGGCUUAUCAGGUGGUCGUGCACCGCACCAGAUUCCCACGCUGCCCCCGUGUGGGCUGGCGGAGUGCGAGAAUCUCCAUGACCUGCACGGCAUGCACGUGUCCGACCUGCGUCACUCCUACCUGCUCAGCCCUACGGAGACCUGCGUCAUGGACUUCCAUCAUCGCCUUUCCCCACGCAGCUCCAUCCACUCUGACUGCAUGAUCAUGUCACCUGUGGCGCUAACCUCCACCGCCCCCGCCGACCACGUCUCCAGCAGCACGUUUCCCAGAAUGCACUACAGCUCGCAGUACUAUGACCCGGCCGCACGGGAAGACUGCGCAGCCAUCACCGCCUCAGCCACAUCCGCCGCCGCAACAUCCAUCCCUCACCACGGCAGCAGCAAAAGCAACCGCAUCCCCGCCAACCUGCUGGACCAGUUUGAGAAACAGCUUCCGCUCCACCGCGACGGCUUUCACACGCUGCAGUACCAACGCGCGUCGGCCACCGGAGGGGGCGGCGAGCAGCGCAGCGAGAGUCCGGGUCGCAUCCGCCACCUAGUGCACUCGGUCCAGAAACUCUUCACCAAGUCCCACUCGCUGGAGGGUUCGUCCAAGAUGAACGGCACCAAAGGCGACAGCGGGGGUAGCGGAAGUCAUCACCAUCACCACGGCAACCAUCACUCAUCCAAGCACGGCAGCAAGCGCAGCAAAAGCAAAGAGCGCAGGCACCGGUCAGGUACGGGCGGCUGGUGGAGCUCCGACGACAACCUGGACAGCGAUAGCACGUACCGCACGGCCGGCGCCUUAAGCCGCCACCACCACGAGCACGUCGCUCACAGCUUCCCGGAAUCCAUGCACAGUCACUUUGGAGACCACUCCCUUAAAACCUCCAAAAGCAACAAUGACGUCAAGUGCUCGGCCUGCGAGGGCCUGUCCAUGGCACCCGAGGGAAAAUUCAUGAAGAGAAGUUCCUGGUCCACGCUCACUGUCAGCCAGGCCAAAGAGGCCUAUCGAAAGUCCUCCCUUAAUUUGGAAAAGCCCACGAUUCAUCAGGACCUUAAACCAUCAUUCCGGUCUUCACACUACCUACAGGUGCCUCAGGACGAAUGGGGGGGUUAUCCCGGGAUCGACAAGGAAGAGGAGAUCCCGUGCCGCCGGAUGCGUAGCAGCAGUUACGUCAAAGCCAUGGGAGAUGAUGAUAGCGGUGAGUCUGAUGCCAGCCCUAAAACAUCCCCUCAGAAGACUGUCCGGUCUGAUGCCCUUGUCCUCAAAUCAGCCAUGCAGAGGCCACAUAUAGACACCCAAAGUUCGGGCUACCACUUGCAAACUGCGAGAGAUAUGCGCCCUCACCCCAGCGUUUCUCUGGACCCAACAACCAACCCUCCACAGUUUCGCUCCAGAAACCAGAGCUACAUGCGUGCAGUCAGUACCUUCAGUCAGGCGAGCUGCGUGAGCCAGGUGAGUGAGACUGAGGUCAAUGGCCAGUUUGAGUCAGUUUGCGAGUCCGUUUUUAGCGAAGUAGAAUCCCAGGCCGUGGAGGCCUUGGACCUGCCCGGCUCUUUCCGCACUCGAAGCCACAGUUACCUGCGUGCAAUACAGGCUGGGUAUUCCCAAGAUGAUGACUGCUUGCCUUCAAUGACAUCCUCCACUGUUACGUCAACUCUCAGAUCCACAACAGGGGCCCGUAGCUUAGCUGGGGGGCGUAGAAUGUACGGGAUCCAGUUUCGUCUCCCUACUGCCUGUGGUGUGGACCGAACAGAAACUCCAACACCAGCGGCAGUGACAUAUACACCUGGUUACAAAAAGACUCCUCCGCCUGUACCUCCACGCUCCACCACAAAGCCGCUGAUUUCCGUAACGGCACAGAGCAGCACAGAAUCGACCCAGGACGCUUACCACGAAGGCCGACUGUCGCGCGGAGGGCUUUGGGCACCGGACAGCCUCGGACGGGGUAUUUACCACUCCACCGACAGUCUGGACAGCGCUAAGGCCGUGACCCUAGCGAUGGAGAGCGCAGGGGCCAAGCGACUCACAUCUGCGGGGAGCUACAGCUCGGUGCAGACCUGUGAUAAAGCCAUCUUGGUGUCCAAAGCCGAGGAAUACCUCAAGACUCCCCGCUCGUCCAUCGGGAUACAGGUGGAAGCGGCCACUGACUCUGAAACGGACAGUAAAGGUCUACCGCAGUAUCAGUCCGUGGGCAUCCAGGUGGAGGAUGAGAAGCGACUCGGGCGCUUUAAACGGUCCAACAGUGUGACGACGGCAGUUCAGGCCGAUUUGGAGUUGGAGGGGUUUCCAUCGACAGAAGACAAGAGUUUGCAGUUCGGAGGAUUCCAGCGGCACUCCGAACCAAGUACGCCGACACAGUACAACGUGGUUCGGACCGUACGGACACAAGGUCUCUUCAGCUAUCGUGAGGACUACCGGCCCUCCAGCGGGCCGCCCAGCCCGCAGCCCGAACCCUGGCUGGUGGAACCCGCACACGAAGCGGCCGAGUCCGGGCGCGUGUCGCCCCUCCGACGUGACGGCAGCUGGUUUAUGCAGCUUCUACACAGUGAAACCAAACGUUUGGAGGGUUGGUGUAAGGAUAUGGAGCGUGAAGCAGAGGAACACGACCUGUCAGAGGAGAUUCUCGGGAAGAUCCGGAGUGCUGUGGGCAGUGCUCACCUCCUCAUGUCCCAGAAAUUCCAGCAGUUUUACUGGUUGUGUCAGCAAAAUCUGGACCCCAGCGCUAUGCCCCGGCCCACGGCUCAGGACCUAGCUGGUUUCUGGGAUCUCCUGCAGCUCUCCAUUGAUGACGUCACUGCCAAGUUUGAUGAACUGCAGCAAAUCAAGAGCAAUGAUUGGAGGAUAAUGGAGAGUCCGGAGAAGAAGGAAAGAAAAUGGCCGCCUCCUGUGUCAAAGAGACCUCCUAAAGGUCGAGGGAUGAUGCGCGAGCGCUCAUUGGACCUGCAGGACCGUCAGAGGCAGGAGGCUCGCCGCAGGCUCAUGGCUGCGAAACGGGCUGCGUCUUUCCGUCAGAGCUCGGUUACGGAGCGGGCUGACAGCAUAGAGAUCUACAUCCCAGAAGCCCAAACCCGCUUAUGAAAAACACACAUGCACUCGUCCGACUACGCCUUCCCUUGCACCAAUGCGCGUCACCAACAGGGUACAUCCAUUUUGCUCCAUGUCAGUCCUCCACCCGUGAUGCACUUCCUCUGCCGUGAGCUGAGAAUAGUGGUGAAUUCAAUGCAAGCGGGUCACAGACCUGCAGCUACUUUAGCCCAACUCCUGUUUUACUUUAUUUUCGUAUGUUCAGAGGCGGUAACAAAGCAUAGCUUGUGGGACAGACACAGUAAGGGAAAACUUUCAAAAAUGUUUAUAAUUCUUGAGCAUUGGCACAACAUGAAUGUCACAGCAUUGGCAGUUUAUCUAUGGGAUGAUUCUCUCAAACCGAGCACGCCGGAAAAUGUCUCCAGUAUGGAGAAAACGACGAUUCUCUUUUCUCAAAAUGUACGAAGCAGCUUUACUUCAAUUCUAUUCGUAUUUCCAACGGAAAUGUUGAUCUGGACCGUCGUGGUAUUGUUGCGAGGUUUUGCUUCUAGACGGGAAUUUGAUUUUAGCUUCAGCGCUUGACACAGGUCGAGUCUUGCUCUAAUUUGCACUUUCGAAUAGAUUCUCCGUUAAAAUCCUAUGACUUAAGAUUAAAAAUUCAUUGAGCCCAGAAAAGCCUUGACAUCAUUCAGUCAUACAGUAAAAGCUUGACUUUCAUUGACCGACACACACUAAAACAAGUAUUUACAACAUCAAUCUUCCUCAGCGUUCGCCACUCAAGGUAGUCUGUGACAUAUAAAGGUGCAUAAGAAACUUUAAUAAUAUUACUGUAUGUAAUGGUGCUGCUUUAUACUCUAAAAUGUAGAUGCCCCUUCCUCACCUUUCUGCACAGCACUACGAACCACCUGUGGACUUUUUAAAGGGAGGUUUAACAUGGUGUAUCGAUGCAUUAUUGCUAGUGGUUUAGAAAAGAAACACGUUUGUUUUAAUUUGGAUUUUUGUUUUUAUUUGUAUAUCACACUUUUUCAGUCCAGCAUUUGCACAAAAUGCUUUCACCUUUGAGACCCUGGUGUAAGAUGGACAGAGCCGAUGUAUUAUUGAAUUCAAAUACUGCACUUAUGUUAAAAAACUUCAUAUUUUCUAAUUUGGCUUUGUGCUUUGUUACCUUUAAUGGAAAGAUUCGCUUAUUAGCUUCAUUUGUAAAUACGACCGUUGCGUUUAUUUAUCACUUUACUGGCACAAUACUUAAUUUUACCAGUCCGCAUCUGUGCAUAAUAAUGAAUCAGAUGUCUGAUCAAUCCCUGGUUCCAAGCCUAAUAUCCCAGGCUACAUUGCUAGGAGUGCUAUUUACUCUCUAGCAUAACUGCUGCUUACUGUACGUUGAUAAGGCUUAGCAGACAGCAAAUUAAUCCCGAGCUUAAUAGCUAUUUUCUUUACCUGCCAGCCUUACAGCAUCUUAAGCAAAAAGCUUUGUGAAUGUACUGCCCUGCUCUUGCAAAAAAAAAAGAAGAAGAAGAAGGAAAGGAACUGCCAACAAAUAAUUUAAACAAAAGUCAAUUCAAUCCAAAGCGUUGUCGGGGAUAGCAGAUGUAUAGCUUAUAGUUGAAUUAAGGGGACAGUUCACCCCCCCCCCCAAAAUACAAAUUCUGUCAUCAUGUACUCACCCUUAUUUCAUUCAAAAAUGCAUAAUAUUGUAUCUUGUGUGCUAUCUUCCAAAGUCUAAAGGGGCGUGUACACCAAAGCGUUUAAAUGCGGCUAGAAAUGCCAGCCAAGCGCUGACUGCAGGCGCCUGUCAGCUUUUUUCAGCAGAGCGCUUUGGUUGUUAUGGUACUUUUGAUUUGCUUAUCAUUGAGAGUUGUGCCGUUGUGUGAUAUUUGUCCCACCCCUCCUUCCCUGUGAUUGGAUGGCCGAAUGAAAAGUGACAUUGAUGAGCUGAGCGGUUACCCAAUUUUCAACUCUCGGCACUCAGCGUUGAUUGCAGAAAAAUGCCAGAGUGCCGGAGCUGAACCCGCCAGCUGCUGGCGUUUUUUAAAGGCCGGCGCUUUCAUUAAUAACAUGCGGCGACCGCUAGCUGAACGCCUUGGUGUGCACGCCCCCUAAGGGCUAUUUACUAACAGCUUGCGCAAGUGCAAACGCCUCUUCUGCCGUUUCAGAACUCCUGUCGGGAUUUGCGAAAGACGUGCAGUGAAAAGUUUGCCCUGAAAAGAUGUAGACGUAGUUAUUUUUGUGACUGACCUUAUUGCAUAUGCAUUUGUAGGAGUUUCCAAAUUUGACGCAAAAUUUGUGGGAGGUGAGUGAAUGAAUUACGUAACGUGACUUACUAAGGCUUGCACUUUUCUGUUUACUGGUAGGCUAUUUGCGCCAUUAUUUAACGUCCCUUAAAUUGCGUUGUUCAUUAUUGAAAUUUCAGCUCCCAUAAACGCUAUUUUGGAACGGCGCUAUUACGAUAAUUUGCCCCAUUUAGUAAAUCUGGCCCUGCGUGUUCUUUAAGUCUAAGGGGAAGGACACACCAAAGCUUUUUUAUGCGUCUGAAAACACCUGGAGGCUGCCAAAUGCCAGCUGUUUUGUUCAGCUGAGCACCAGCUUUCUUCAGCUGAGCGCUUUGGUAGCUGUGAUACUUGAGCUGUAAGCUGGUUGAUUGUUGUGAUACUUGUCCCGCCCCUCCUCCACUGUGAUUGGACGGCUGUGUGCAAACUGAUAUUGACUAGCAGAGCUUUUCCCCCAAAGUUGAAUCUCUUGACGCUCAGAGCUGAUCACAGAAAAACCGCAGAGCGCCAGCUUUCAGCACAUAAAAAAUCUGCCAGCUGCUGUUAUAAAAAAAAAAAUGCCACGCUUCCAUUGGAAACAAUUAAAAACAUGUGCCGAACUAUUAUUUAAAAAUGUUUGUGUGUGUGUGAUGUAGUCACGUUUAAAAAAUCUUGAAAUGUAAAAUUUUUAAGCUUGAGAGCCAGGUGGCGCUCUACAUUUUCAUUGUAUAGAAAACUGCAAUUAAGCUGGCAUGCAUUUAACGCCGUUUUUUUUUUUUUUCGUUUGAGUUUGUUUCAAAGUUUUGAAUGAUAUGAGGGUGAGUAGAUAAAAUCUCUGUUUACCGAUCGAUCGAUCGAUCUUUGGUCAUUUCUUAAACGAAAGGCUGCAUCCUCCGGAGGUCGCAUAUGCAGGCUGCAUACGUCAUCAAGCCUGGAUUAUUUCAGUUGAAUUGGCAUUACAUUCGCAAGUCAUAAACAUAUUACAACCAUUUACGAUUAACGUAGUAUAAUUGUAAACUUUAUAAUUGUUAAUAUUCUGAAAUAAGACAUUCUUUAUGACAUAUUCAUUCUAAAAAUGCGAUCGCUGAAGGAUUGGAGAAACAGCCUGUGUUCCAGUCCUCACCUGUGGUCAGGAGCUUUGGGUAGUGUAAACGCACUGAAAUUAGUUUUUUCGCAGACUGCCGUGGAUUAGGGUGUAAAGCUCGGACAUCCAGAAAAGCUUGGAAUUUGAAAGGAGUCAGAUGAUCGGCAUCUGGUCAGAAUGCCUCUUAAUGCAUUUUUGUGAAGGUGCCAGAUAAGAAGGACAAUGUUGAUAAGUAGUGUAGUGUAACAGUUUAGUGGCUCAGUAUUGCUGUUGUGAUUAUACAGAGUCUUAAAAGAAACAUAAUUUUUUUGGUAUGUUGAAAGUACCACACAUAUAGAGAAUCAACCAGAGCUUUCCCAUUGGUCCGGUACAUAGUUCAAGAGCGAGAUGGAAAGGUUUUGAUGUUCUUUGAAGACAUCAGUGUGUACAUUCUACUAACUGCUGCUAAAUACUUACAAGUACAGUUGUCAUCUUGCACAUUUUAUAUAAAUAUGUAAUAAAUGAAAUAAUAUAUACAGCCCACACGACAGCUAUCGUUCUACUUGAUGUGUUGGAUACCUGAGCCAUUUCGACUUUUGAAAAUGAUUCCUAUUUAAUGGCAUGUAGUGUACCAAGAUUCUUCAUCCUCGUGUUUUUCCAAAUCUAUGUGACUUUCUUUCCUCUGCAGAACACAAAAUGGGAAAAUUAUUAUAUCCUGGCCCUUUUUGAAUUGAGUAAAUAUGCACUGGGGCUGUCUCUUCGCAAAAGCAUCAUAAAAGUAUAAUGAAGGUGGACCGUCAUAUAUUUGCAAUGUUAUACAGUGAGUCUAACAACAGAUUUGUGUGAGAAACAGACUGAAGUUGAAUCAUUUGGAUCAUUACAUUAGUAGUCUCGCGUAUCCAUAAUUGAAGGUCUGGAUUUGUAAAAAUCAGAUUUUAUGUGUUUUCUUGCCAUUCACACUUGCUAAACAUGAUCAGAUUUAAAUCAGAAAAUCCUAU